AUGGCGAGAAGAUUUCCAGUCACGUCGCAAGGAUCCCCGGGGCGACUGUUUGUCUAUGCAGCCGCGACUUUUGCAACGCUAAGCUCAGCCAAAGGCCAAGAACUCAGACUGGGGAGUGAUGGAAUGCUGGUCGACACUUCCUACUUCGAAGUUUCAUGGGAUUAUUCAAAUCACCUGGUUUCCUUAUUCAAAAGUGUCAUUGAACUCAAAAGGGUUUAUCCUUCUUCUUUUCGCAAUGUUCUCCGUGUUUCUUAUUCGAGAUUAUGCGUUUCAUUUUUUUAAAUCUUGCAUUAAAGUUUCACGUGCGUGGAAUGA